AUGAACAACACCGCCAGCCUCAUCGGCCGAAGGAACACCUGGCAUAGGGAGGGGCGCCUCUGGGGCGUUCCCGGGCGCACCCUGGAGCACGUCGUUGACGGCAUCCGGAACGGCAUCCCCAGGCUGGAGAUGCGGCCGUCGCCACCACCAUCUCCUUCGCCCGCAGCACGGCUGCCACUCGUCGACCUCACCGACAAUGGCGAGGCUGGACCAAGCGGCGGGGUGAAGGACAGGCCCAUCGAUGAGCCCGACGAGCACGGCAAGGAGGACAUCGUCGUCGACGACAUGUACAACUUUCACCAGUGCUACGACCCGUCUGCGCUCUCCACGAUAGUCCCGUGGCACGAGCGCUCUGGGCGAAAAUUCUACCGCCUCGCCGGGUCAAUUGUACCGCAGUACUACGAGACUGUGGGAGCACUGGAGCUGUACUACAAGCGAGUGAGGAAAAAACUGCUGAACCUUUCAUAUCCUCUCACCUUCGCUCUCUCCCUCCCAACCCCUAAUUUCUCUCCCCUCCCAAUCUUCCUGGCAGCGGUGGCAUUAGCGAGCGGGCGGCUGCGGCUGCGGCUAUUGGGACUAGCGGCGGCUAGCUGGCAGCAGAGCUUCGACGACAAGGUCAAGAACCCCGGCGGCCGCCUCCCCUGCCGCCGGGAAAAGGAGAGGAAGGGGAAAGGAACCCCCAUUUCCUUGCCCCGACAGAAUGCUCGUGCCCUCUCACUUGUACAUAUUAUCUUGAAUGAUAUUGUUCAUUACACCCUGUCUACUUUACGCAAUAUUCAGAAAAGCUUGCUCUACUGGGAGUCCAUAGCCGAGGGAACAGAUUUACAGCAGAUGUAUUUCAUGAUCUUUGAAAGAGGUCCAAGAGCCUUACUUGAAACAACAUGGCAAACACUUGCUGGACUCCGCAGCACAAGUCCAUCCCAGUACCUUUUAGACUCUGCCGCUAAUAUGGUCUUGCCAAAACUUGAUGCCUUGACAAGUAUGCAAGAUUGCUUGGCUGCUUUUCUCGCAGAGGUUUACUCAGAAGUUGAUAAAUGCAAAGGAAGAUUAACUGAAAGCUCAGAUCAACCGCUGCACGCACUAUUGACUGUUUUGAACAGAGUCUUCCUCAAAUUGGAGCUAUCGCUUAAAAAUCUUGUUGAGGUACAAACAGCAAGCUUCGCUCUGUCUAUCUUUCAAAGAUUACCAGAAGUUGAUGUUGAGAGUUCAACUGCAACAAGUUUGAUCUAUCAAAACCUUUUGAGGCUAGAUAUUUAUAUCUCCAAUAAGAUUGCAGUCCAUCAAAAACCAAGAAAUACGACGAUAUACUGGCUACCCUAUACGUUUGGAGCAAUUGGCCUCUCUGCGUGCUCUCUGUGGCUUUUACGCCAUAGUAGCUUCAUGGGAAGUUCUGACAUGGACGGCUCGAUCCAAGAUGCUAAGGAGUCGGUGUCUGGAUAUUGGGACCAGCAUGCUGUGAAACUAAUCAUUUCCAUUAGAGAUGGGCUCUGCAAGACAUUCAAGCGAACGGAUAAACUUGUAUUGACAAAACAAGAUGUCCAUCAGAUUGAAGCAUCUUUGCACAGAUGUGAAAAAGAGUUGAUGCAGCUGCCUCAAAAACAGCCUGGUAGAGAAUUAGCACUUGCCAUGCCUGCUAAUAAGAUCCAGAAGCACGCAUAUGGUCUUCAGAAGAAAUUAUUGGAACUGGAUCGUUCUCUGAAGGAAAAAAAGUUGGGUCAACAGGAGGCAAUGCUGGAGCUGACUCAGAUUCUCGAGGGAAACGAGAUAAAGUUUGCCCUUUGUGCAGCCUGGCCUGCAUUUGGUCUUUGUCUUCUGCUAAUCCUUCUAGUGCGAGCAUCGGUUUUCCAUGACCAAGACGAAGAUCAAAGAGGCAAGAUGUCAAGGCUUCCGCAAAGGCUGCUUCUUCGUGAUGCAGAGCUAAGACUUUUGGAGUUCCAGAAAUGCAUGACUAAUGGAAUGGAGAAAAAGGCAGCCUCCAAGUUUGGGUUGAUGCUGUGUGACCUUGAUAGAUUAUACAAAACUGUUGAGCUCCACGCGAAAAAAACAGGCGAGUGGUCAAGGGUGAGAGAAGACAUUGUUAACCUAGCAAAGCCUCAUAUGCCAAUGGCAGACAGGCUGGUUGUUCUUAGACGUCUGAAGGAGAUGUAUUACUGCUUACUACCAUCGCCAUCUCCAUCAAGGUGUCAUCGUCCACUGUCGUGA